AUGUCAUUACAAAGACGUAGACAUCCUUCUUCACCAAGAGACUCAUCAGAUACUUCAGGGUCUCCAUCUGGGGCCCCCCCUUCCUCUAAGAUUACUGUGGGGUCCCCUAGGGGUACACCUGGUGGGGCCCACGGGGGGUCCCCUGGGGGCCCCCCUUCAACAUCUCCUGUACAGCGUGCUGCAUUAAAAGCGAAAGAAGCAGCAGUAUGUGGGGUGUUUACUGGGACAACAAGUGAGCGGCUGCACGGCCGAGUCGGUGAAGAUGAGAACGGCCUUCGACUGUGGAUGCCUUCGCCUCCUUUGACGCAUCAAACUACUCAAGACUUACAAAGAUCCUAUGAAGGAUAUUGUUUUAAUUCUGCGUUGAGCGAUACGCUGAGCUUGGAUCGCCCGAUCCCAUCGUUUGACUCUGCUGCAUGCGCAGCGCAGCGUGAGGAGUUUGCAGCAGCAACAGCAGCAGCAGAAGCAGCAGCAGCAGCAGGAGGAGAAGAGGGUUUAUCUUCACCUUUGCUGCUGCGAGCUUCUGUAAUAAUAGUGCUGCAUAACGAGCUGCUGUCUGCUCUGCUGAGAUCCCUGCACUCUGUCUUAAACCGCACGCCGCCUCGCUUUUUAAAGGAAAUAAUAUUAGUUAACGAUAACUCUGACAAAGAUACACAUCCUUGGCUGUAUGAACAGCUCGAAGAAUAUAUUACUCGCGCUGUCCCCAAGACGAAGCUCCUCCACCUCCCGCAAAGAAGAGGGCUCAUGGGUGCGCGUGCUGCAGGAGCAGCAAUAGCAAGCGGGGAUGUACUUGUAUUUUUAGAUUCGCAUAUAGAAGUGCUGCCGCACUGGGUUGAGCCUCUGCUGCAGCGUUUGUCAGUAGCAGCAAAAGCAGCAGUUAUGCCUCGCGUUGCUUCUAUAGACGCAGAGACAUUUGAAGUUAAAAACGGCGGCAUUGAUACACUAGCCUUCUCCUGGAACCUAGGACAUAUGCACAGAGACGACGAAAUUAAGAACAGAAUAAUUAACAAGAACAAAAAACAAACUGAGCCCCUCUACAGUCCUAUCAUGCCUGGCGGUAUAUUUGCAAUCAAAAGAGAUUGGUGGGAGACCCUCGGCGGCUAUGAUGAAGAAAUGCGUCUCUACGGCGGAGAAGAAUUCGAGCUCUCCUUUAAGGUGUGGAUGUGCGGAGGAGCCCUCGAAGUUUUAACCUGCAGCAAAGUCGCCCACAUCUUCCGCUCAGACAAAUACUGGAAAGUGUCAGGGGACGAAAUAUCGCGAAAUAAACAAAGAGCAGCAUUUGUAUGGAUGGACGAGUUUGUGAAGUAUGUAUUGCUGACGACACCGCCGUUAUCUGCUUCAUUUAUUGGGGAUUUGUCGAAGCAAAAAGCGCUGAGGAGACACCUGAAGUGCAAGUCUUUCAUGUGGUACUUACAAAAUGUCUAUCCUGAGUUAGAGGCCCCCCCGCUGCAUGCAGCAGCAACAGGAGCGGUCUUAAGAAAGGACCUUAAUAGCUGUCUCGACACAAUGCAGAGAGACAGAGGGCCCCUAGGCGCCUUUCCCUGCCACUUCGCACACGGCACUCAGGCGUUUUUAUUUGAUGGAUCUACUGGGAAGUUUUUCGUCGGACAGAAAGGGUUUACUUCGUGUAUAGCAGGAGACACGAAGAAGCGACUGGUGCUGCAGCUGAGCUGCACAUACACCGCAGCAAAUAUAUCAUUGCGAUGGAAGCUUUAUCCUCAAACAGGACAGAUACAGCUGGAUUUGUCUGCAGCAGCAACAAUUGAAGACGAAGAAGCAGCAGCAGCAGCAGCAGCAGCAGCAUAUGAAGAAGAAGAUGAAGAAGCAGCAUAUGAAGACGAAGAACCACCAGCAAAUGAAGAAGAAGAAGCAGCAGCAAAUGAAGAAGAAAAAGCAGCAGCAGCAAAAGAAAAUAAAGCAGCAGCAGCAAAUGAAGAAGAAGAAGCAGCAGCAGCAAAAGAAAAUAAAGCAGCAGCAGCAAAAGAAAAUGAAGCAGCAGCAGCAAAAGAAAAUAAAGCAGCAGCAGCCAAAGCAGCAGCAGCAACCCAAGGAGACGCCGAUCCUGCUGCAGCAAAAGAUGCAUCUGCAGGAGCAGCAAAAGCAGCAGCAACGAAAGAUGGAUAUAAAGCAGCAAAGGACAAAGAAGAAGCAGCAGCAGCAGCAGCAGCAGCAGCAGACUCUGCAGAGGACGGAUCCCAACAGACUGCAGCAGCAGGCAAGCCAGCAGCAGCAGCAGGAGUAGCAGUAGGAGCAGCAGCAGGAGCAGCAGCAACUGUAGCAGGAGAAGCAACUGAGGGUUUAUGUCUUCGUAUCUUCUCUAAUCCUACAAAGGCAAGCCUUCAUGCUGUUGAGCUGGCAGAGUGCGACCCCACAGACAAAGGCCAGCGACUUGAAUUUGUACCCUAA